ACCACACUGAGCAGAAGCAAAAUGAGUUUCCUAAGAGCUGUAUUUAUUGUUUUUGCUUUUGUAAUAUGUGAGUGUGCAGAGAAACCUCACAUUGUGUUUAUCGUAGCUGAUGACCUCGGAUGGAACGACGUCGGAUUUCGAAACCCUCAAAUGAUCACUCCUAACCUGGACAGACUGGCAAAAGCGGGAGUCAUCCUAAACUCUUCUUACGUCCAGCCUCUAUGUUCGCCCUCCAGAAGCUGCUUCAUGUCGGGAUAUUUCCCUUAUCACACUGGACUACAAGAUAGCGGUAUUCCGAUAGACGCAGCAAAAUUCCUUCCCGCCAAUCUAACAACGAUCCCACAGAAACUGAAACAACUUGGUUAUGAUGCUCACAUGAUUGGAAAGUGGCAUUUAGGUUUCUGUAACUGGAAGUAUACACCUACAGAGAGAGGCUUUGACUCCUACCUUGGAUAUUACUCUGGUGAUGAAGAAUAUUAUAGUCACAUGGCUCUGAAUCGUAACGGUACAGAGGGAUUUGAUUUUCACUUCAACAAGACUGCCUUUCGAGACGACAAUGGGAUCUACUCUGCAAAUGAGUUCACUAAUAGGGCUGUUCAAAUCAUUGAGGGCCAUAACAACAGUAAGCCACUUUAUCUGUACCUUCCAUUCCAGUCUGUACAUAUACCUCUUGAAGUUCCAGCUAAAUAUGAAAACAUGUACAAGAACAUUGAAAACCAAAACAGAAGAAUAUAUUGUGGAAUGGCGACUGCGUUAGAUGAGGCUGUGGGAAAUAUCACUAAGGCAUUAGAAGACAAAGGUCUCAUGGACAAUCUAUUGGUGGUCUUUACAACAGAUAAUGGGGGUCCCACAUUUGUUGCUGCCAAUAACUUGCCUUUACGAGGAGCCAAAAAUACUCUCUGGGAAGGGGGAACGAAAGGAACUGGAUUCAUCUACAGUAAAUCUCUUCUCAAGAAGACGGGCUACCUCAACACUGGAAUGAUGCAUGCUGUGGACUGGUACCCGACAUUGGUGGAGCUGGCUGGUGGAGAGAACACAGAUCCCAACAUGGACGGAGUCAGUCAGUACGACAUGCUCAUCAAUGGUGGACCCAGCAAGCGAAAUGAGUUCGUCUACAACAUCUAUGACGAGAGAGAAGCAGCUGCAAUCAGGUACGGAGAUCUCAAACUCAUGCAAGGGAGUCCAGGAGCUCACAGUGGUUGGGCACCUUUGCCACAUCUGGGAAUAGAUGAAGGUGUCUAUGAAGCUGAUAAGCAAACAUUUCCUCCAUUCAUGCUCUACAACAUUACUGCAGAUCCAACCGAACACUUCGACCUCUCAGCCAAGUAUCCUGAUCUACUAGAAAUGAUGAAGAAGAGGCUAGAGAACUGGAAGAAGUCUCGUGUUCCACCACAGGACACUACCGCUGUGCCUGCAGCGAACCCAAAGUACUUCGGUGGUGUAUGGAGUCCUGGGUGGUGUUGAUGUCUCACAAAAAUACAUUUUAAUGCAUAAUAAAAUACCAACGGUCACA